GAAGCGGCGUUGGGAUCACGGCGCUCCGGGUCCUGGGGCAGCCUGGCCGUAGCUCCUCGGUGCUGUCGAGCUGGAAGUGGCGGAGCAGAGGGAGGAGCGCGACCCAGAGCAGCAGCAACGGGAACAGGAGCGGCGGCCGCUCGUCCCCUCGCUGCCGCCGAUGGAGGCGAGCCUGACGUGCGCCGUGUGCCUGUCGCUGUUGGAGGAACCGGUGACGCUGCCGCUGUGCUCGCACAACUUCUGCCGGGGCUGCGUGCUGGAGUGCCUGGCCUCGGCCGAGGCCGCCCGCCUGCGGCAGCUGCAGCGGAGCCCGGGGCAGGCCCGUCUCGGCCGCGGGGCGCCGGGGCUGGGCCCGGGCUCGGGCCCAUCCUGCGCCCGGGUGCCUUGUCCGCUGUGCAGGAAGCUGUGCCUGCUGCCCCGCGGCGGCGUCGCCGCCCUGCCAGUCAACACCACCCUGGCCGAGGUGGUCAAGCUCUACCGGUCCGGCGCGGCGGGCGCUUCCGCGGGCGGGGAGGCGGCGCUGGGGCUGAAGUCGGGGUCCGACCUUCUCUCCCUGCAGGCGUUCGGGGGAAGCUGCCAGAAACACCCGAGCCGGCCGGUGCAGCUCUACUGCCGUAUGUGUCGGCAGGCGGGGUGCGGGCAGUGUGUCUCCGAGGAGCAUCAGGGCAUCUUCCACUCAGUCAACCUCAUAGACACGGUGUACCAGGAAGAAAAAUUAACCUUCUUCAGCACUCUGAAACAAAUGAGGAUAAUAAAUGAGAAGCUGGUGAAUGAGAUCUCAAAACGGCCAAAUGAUGCAGACAUGAUGCUGAAAAAUGAUGUGGAGAUAAUUGAGCUGAAAUUUGGAGAAAUUUUCAAAACUCUAGAAAUGAAAAAACAGCAAUUACUAGAAGAUGUUGAAAAUCAAAGAGGUAAAAAAGAGAAAGAAUUUCAGAUUUGGAAGAAAAUGAAAGAAACUCACAAGAAGACAAUUGAGAAUUUUUUGAAGGAUUGUGAAAAGCUUGUCCAUGAGUGUGAUCCUCAGUGUUUCCUGGAGGUUGCCUGUGGCUUGAAUACAAGAAUGAAAACUCAGCUUGAUGUGAUGAAUAUAGCAUCCAACUGGGAAAAACCACCAGUAUAUAUACCAAAGAAAAUAGAUAUAAAGUCUGUUGUUAAUGAAAUAUUAGCAUUGGAGUUAACUCCUGUUGAUGCAGGUAUUGUUCAAGAGCUACCUUAUGAAGGAAAUGAGAGCUCAACUCUAUUUAAAGAUACCUUAAAGCAGUGGCAGGACCAGAAGAAUACACCCAACACCUUUCUUCCUGUAGCAGGACAGGAUGAAGCAGAUGGUAGCAGGAUCCUUACUCGCUUUAUGUCAAUAUCAGAAAUGUCAGAAUUUCAAAAUAUGAGCCAUGAGGAGUUACGUUACAAAUACUAUAUGGAACUUCAGAAGAGCACCAAUGUGUUUAAGACUCAAAAUUUCCCUGCAAAUAAAAAGUAUAAAUUUGUAGCUGCUGAGGCCUCCAAGAGUAAGUCCUCAGGAGCUUCUUUUAUAUCUGUUCCUACCAAAACAAAUAACACAGAUAAAAUAAAAAUGGGAACCCUGCAAAGAGGAGGUGACUUUGACAGAAGAAACUUUUCUGGAAGCAGUGCUCAUAGCAUCCCAUCCACAAAUACCAUCUUUUCUGAAACAAAUGGUGACUUAAAUUUAUUUCAUGAGGGAAGUGGCCAGGAAGUAUCCACUCCAGCCCUGUCAGAAACCUCUCCAGACUUGUUAAUUAAAGAAAAAUGGCCAAGACAGGCAUCAGCAGGUACUGUUUCCAAUGAAAGGAACUCAAAUUCUAGCACUUCAUCAGAUUUAAAGCCAGCAGCAACAGUGGCUGUUACUGUUUCAAAUUCAGAAUCUGUAGAUGUUUCAGCAGAGAGACCUUCAGGUGUGCCUUUUACUUUCAGUGCAUCUAACAACUCUCUACCGAGAUUUAGUAAAGAUAGAGGUGCAUUUUCCUUUAAAAAGCAAGACAAGAGAUGUGCUUUCCCUCAGUUUUAUUUAGGGAGAUGUGAUAAGGUAGAUAAAACCACUAACCAGGAUAAACAUGGUCAUGAAACCAAAAACACAGUUUGUGAUGCUUCAACAAGUCCUAAUUUAGACUCAGCAGAAAGCGAGAAACCACACAUUUUGUUUCCCUUUGGCAAUUCAGAAGGAGAUUGGUUUGCAGCAUCAGAAGUUAGCAAUUCAUGUAAGGUGUUACCAUCAUCCUCAAUUUUAAGCCAAUCUGAGAAGCCAUCUGACAAAAAAACAUCUCACAUGAGCGACAAAACACCUUGUGCAAAGGAACCUGCUGGAUAUGGUACACAGAAACCUGUCUUAGGGGAGCAAAAACCUCAUGCCUCCGAAUCCACCACAACUGUAGCUUGCAGUACUUCAGAAACCAACACUGGAUCUGGGCUGAAUGAUGUCUCCAAGACCCCACUUCUCACCACUAAUGGUGCAUUUUCCUUCAGAAGUAACUUUCCAUUGCCUUCACCAGUAUUUUCAUUUGGAGGCACUGUCAGAAAUACCUCUGAUUCGCUGACUUCUUCCAUGUUUUUUUCUGGACACAGAACAGAAAAAAUGGAUAAGGAGAAGAUGAACUCUCCUGACAAAACGCUUCUAAAUCUAGGGAAACCUGUAUCUUCAGAGAGUGCAGAGCCUGCUUCUCUUCAGAGUCAUCCAAAAUGCAAAGGCUCAUGUUUGCCUAUGAACUCAGCUAAAGAUACUGAAGGUGCAGAAAGACUUGGUAAUGGUAAUGAUCCUUGUCAGCCUGUAUGUCCAGGAGUCCUUCCUGUUGAAUGUGAGAAUGCAUCUUCCACUCAACUCACUACAGCAACACAACAACAAAGAAGAGUAAAAGAUGAAGAAACUGUUGCUGAAAACAACUGUGUGUGUCAUAUAAGGGAGGAUAAACCUGAGCCUGUACAGUUCCAGAGCACAGCUUGUUUUGUUCCUGGCACGUGCAAUGAUCCAUCUUUAGGAGGUUCUGUGCUUGCAGUAAGUGAGACAGGAGGAAUGCUAAGAGACAGCACUUCUGACACUUAAGAGUUAAGUCAAACAUCUGUCUCUAUUCAUACCAGCCAUGCAUCAGAAUAUUUUUCUGUUGCUGAAGACAAAUUGUCUGGUAGACAAAACUCAGAUGUGAAGACAGACUGAAAAGGAAAAUAAGCUGGAAUUAAAUAAAUGCUACUUAACACAUUAAAAGGUGGGGAUACUUGCGAUUUUACAGCUGUUCUUCUCCCCACUUCUUGCCAAUCAGGAUAUCUCUGUGUUGGAAACAUAACUGUUUAUGAGCAGUACAAUGCAAUGAAGUGAUUAUUAUAGUAUAGUCACAAACUCGAGAAACAACCAAAAAUGUCAUGUCUGGCUCAAGACCAAAGCAUGGCCAUAGAUGCUGCAUCUUCAAGAAUGCAAACCAUCUGGGGUAUGUUUGGGGGAUGGGGAACUGAGGUGUCCCAGAAAGUGAGUUGGGUGAAGCCUCAGUGGUAGCAGGCAGUAAAUUGCUGUGUACAGCAGCACUUGCACUUGAAUGGGUAAGAGAAUAGCAAAGAGCAUUCACCUCACAGGCAGGGAGAGAGAAGAGCCACAACAAAAAUAAAGGAUAGUGAAAGCGUUACUAAAAAUUUGUUUUCUUAUCUCCCCUUUAUUGUUUACUUUUCUGUGAUGUGUUUAAUAUAUGUUGAAGAUGUGAGUAAUUUAAAUAAUUUCUCUUGCUCUUUUGAAAUGGAAGCGUCAUAUCAAUAUUCUUGUAACACACUGCAGAAGGGUGUGAGCUACACUUUUGAAGGGCUGCUUCAGGAAAAAUAAACAUCCAAAUUAGAUUUCAGCUCUUUCUGGCAAUAGUUUGGUAAUACUUGGACAGAUUAACUUGCUGUUUUAUUGAAAGCUUUUGGAUAACCUAACUUUUAAAACACAAAAAAUUUCUUUUAAAAUCUGGGUGCAAUGACAAGAAAAAAGGAAAACAGCACUUCUCACUAUAUAUGUUAAUGAUUUAGAAUUCAUGGAAUUUUUAGUCUAAAUAUCGAUACAAAGUAAGGAUAAAAAGAUCAAUUUAAAAAGGAUCUGUGAGAUAACUGCUUUAGUUAUUGGAAUACAAAGACAGUAGUACUGUUUCAGAAUAAAGCUCUGUUUUGUUUGCUGUUCAUGCUUCAGCAAAAGCUGAUGCUAGACUUUAAAGGAAUUCAUUCUGUAUUAGAUAGGUCAACUGGCAAGUAUUAAAUCAAAAUGCAGAAUAUUUAAUAUUCUUUCAGAAGUUUUCACUGGCAACUAGAAAAAUCAAUAUGCAAAUUACCUCUGUAACUGUAAGAAAAAUAGUACUGAAAUUUAAAUCUCUGCAAUACUUACUAAUAUACUUAAUGUGAUAUAAUACUUAGAGAAACUAUUCUUGUUUCAGGAAAUGUUGACGUAAUUUCAUUUGUGUUCAGUUCUUGGCCUCAGUUUUUUGUGUGGCAGUGCAUUCCUUUAUUAGAUGUGCUGAAAAAAUAGCUUCUAGUAUUUAUAACAAUUAAUAAUACAACUUUUCUGUCUGUGUUAUAGUAAGGAAGGUUGUGAAAUUCUCUUUAUGGUUAGUCUUUUAGUUCUUGAUGUUCAUUUCUUAAAUCUUACUGUAUUUCAAUUUUCUCCUAAGAUUUUUUUUUCUGUUGUUAUCUCUAGACAUUCUUCUCAUGUUCUGCAUGUAUAUAGGAGAGAAAUGUUAAUUCAAGUCACUGGAAGACAAAGGCUGAGUGAGAUGAAAAUGGCAGAGAGGGUCACAGGUAGAGGUUGGUCUCACUAAUACAAGCAAGAGAAAUUAAACAAUUUUAGAGUCAGAUGAGGCACCUGUUAAAUUUGUUACCAGAAUGUUGCAGAAAAUAUGUUCUUCUGCGGUGACAAAAAAGUUCUUAAUAAGCUAGGGCUAAUCAGAAACUAUAAAAAAUUUUUGAAGCUUACAUAUUUUCAACCUGUCUUCUGUUAAUAUCUGUUUCAUGAGAGUUUGAUAAACUUCCAUGCAGAUAUGUUGUUUCUUGACAAAAAGUCAAUGAAAAGUGAAAAGAUGUGAAAGUGAAAAGACACCAUUAUAGACUCAUAAAGCAAAUAGACUACUAUAUACAACUAUAUACUACUAUGAAAGUAGAACCUGUAGGUGGGGGGUUUGCUACAAUCCUAGGACUGCUUUUCAAGCAUUGUUGUCCAAGUGCCUUACAGCUCAGCAUUCAGGUUUUACAGGGCUGAUAAGAUUCACACAGAAACCCCCAACAAGAUACUUGCCCACUCCCUUGGCUGUACUACACUGACCCAGAAGGGAGCCCUUCCCGCGUUCCCUGAAAAUGCUGUGAGGUACAGAAUAACCUCUAGGUCUUAGGCAUGCCUCCUCCUGACUUCUGUAAAAAUCAACCCUGUCCUGGCUGGAAGCAGGACAGUUAGUGAUCUUGGAUGAACACCAGAGCUAUUUCCAAGAAAUGGGAUUCAAAGUUGUCCUUAAUGUGUAUUUUGCUUAUUAUCCAUAGAGAAUAACUUACAUUAUCUUGGUCAUGAUCAUAAAAUUCUGUGUGGCAGUGAGGACUGAUGUCAAAGCCUCACUCUCCUAUGUUAUCUAAACUUAGGUAUGUGUGUAUGUUUUUUUCAGAUUACAGGGACACAAAAAGGCAGUGUUAAAGUGAAGUAUUUGAGAACUUUGCCCAUCCUGAAAAAAAAACAAAAAAAAAAAAAAAAAAAAAAACAACAAAAAACAACAAAACAAAAACAGAACAAACAAACAAAAAGCCCAAAACAACCAGGGAAUAAUGUAUUCUACUAAACUCAGUAAUUUAUUUUACAUUUUUGUAUCUUCCUGAUUCCAUAAGAUACAAGAGGUAAAAAAAGAAGCAGUUCUCCACAGGGCUGGAAAUUUUUAUCUAACAUCGCUAUACUGGUAUAAAGUCCUCUAUAUAUUUCAGAUUUUGUAAACUAAAUCUGCAGGCCAGUUUGAAAGCUUUUAUAGAGGUUCAUUAAAACAAUACUUCGUGAUUUAAUAGAAACCUUGAAAAACAGUUAAAACAAUUUAUUAUAAUUGCUAAAGUACUUGUUGAACAUACUUCACAAAGGAGCUGAAAGUUUCUAGUGCUGUCCUUCUGAGAGUCUUAUCUCUCCAGCUGUCACAACUGUGAUGCUUGUUCAAUAUAUGUCUGGAAGCUAUAUUGGCAUAUAUGUCAUUGCCUGAAAAAAAAGUGCAACUGAAAGAUGAACUGAAUUAUUCAGUUUUGUAACUAAAUAAAAAUGUAAAAAAAAUAAAAUUUAUUAAAAACAAUUGUUUAGUUGACAUUAGAGCUGGUAAAAUGUCAAUUUGUAGAGGUUAACUUCCUGAAGUAAACUUUGCAUUAUUUUGUA